UUUAUAGAGAAAAUAAAGGCGUUCUAUAUAACCUCACACACAGUCACACACAUACUAUCUCUUUCCGAACAAAAACUCCUCCUUUUCUCUCUCUUACCCUUCUCAAAGAAGAGGAAGAAUUCUACACAAAUAUCCCAUCAUCAAGAUCAAAUUUUUAAUCAUCUGCGAGGCUAAAAAUUCAACCGCAAGGUUGAUUUUAAAAACAGUGAACAAGUAGCUAGAAAGUAGUUAGACUAUCCAUUCUUGCCUAGUUAGGGCACUGCAGCGAUAGAGCGGUGCCCAUGGAUGCCACGGCUAGUGGAGCAUCGAGCGUUCAGUACCACAACAUCACCGAGCAGGCAAUCGCGCCCCUUGCUCCGCCUCCCCAUGUUGCACACCAGAGGCAGCAACGACAUUGCUUUGGGAAUGCAACCCCAGGGGAGUUCCCGUUGUCUGCUAACCCCUCCAUCGUCCUGCAUUUCCUGUCCGCCUGCAAUUUAGACCCGCAAGAUCUUGCCAAACUCGAGGCGACUUGUUCGUUUUUUAGGCAGCCUGCGCACUUCGCCCCUGACCACGAGCUCUCAUUGGCUGAGCUUGCAGCUCUUGAUAUGUGCCAGAAGAGGGCCAUAUUCAAGCCAAUGACCAUAGAGCAGCAGCAAUGCUUGAAGCAGAGUUGUGGUGGCUCGUGGAAGCUUGUCUUGAGAUACUUGCUGGCAGGGGAAGCAUGUACGAGGAGGGAGAAGUCGCAGGCAAUAGCCGGCCCUGGCCACAGCCUCGCUGUGACCUCUAAAGGAGCCGUGUAUUCAUUCGGUUCCAACAGCUCCGGCCAGCUUGGGCAUGGAACCACAACUGAGGAGACGCGCCCUUCCCUAAUUAGAUCUCUGCAAGGAAUCCGCAUUAUUCAUGCUGCGGCUGGGGCUGGACGAACAAUGCUGAUUAGUGAUGCAGGACGCGUCUAUGCCUUUGGGAAAGAUUCUUUUGGUGAAGCCGAAUACGGGGCUCAAGGGAAUAAGUUAGUGACUACGCCUCAGCUAGUCGAAUCUUUGAAAGAUAUCUUUGUUGUCCAAGCUGCUAUUGGGAACUUCUUCACCGCCGUGUUGUCUAGAGAAGGCAGGAUUUACACCUUUUCUUGGGGAGACGAGAGCAAACUCGGCCAUCAAAUGGAACCUAAUGAUCUUGAGCCUCGCCCGUUGUUGGGAGAUCUCGAAAAUAUACCUGUGGUUCAAAUUGCAGCUGGCUAUUGCUACCUUCUUGCUUUGGCAUGUCAACCUAGUGGAAUGUCGGUAUACUCUGUCGGGUGUGGGCUAGGUGGGAAGCUUGGGCACGGUACUAGAACGGAUGAGAAGCAGCCGAGAUUGAUCCAACAGUUUGCAGUGUUGAAUCUUCAGCCCGUUGUAGUUGCUGCCGGUGCUUGGCACGCUGCAGUGGUCGGGAAGGAUGGAAGGGUAUGCACGUGGGGAUGGGGGCGGUACGGUUGCUUGGGGCACGGGAACGAGGACUGCGAAUCAGUUCCCAAAGUAGUCGAGGCACUGAGCAAUGUCAAGGCCGUACACGUUGCAACAGGGGACUACACGACCUUCGUUGUCUCGGACGAUGGGGACGUCUAUUCUUUCGGGUGUGGAGAGUCCUCGAGCCUUGGACACAACACCGCUGCUGCUGAUGAGCAGGGAAACAGGCACACGAACGUGCUAAGCCCGGAGCUCGUGACCUCGUUGAAGGAGGUGAAGGAGAGGGUCGUGCAGGUAAGCCUCACGAACUCGAUAUACUGGAAUGCGCACACAUUCGCACUCACGGACUCGGACAAGCUCUACGCGUUUGGGGCGGGUGACAAGGGGCAGCUCGGGGUCGAGCUCGCGGCGAACCAGACGGAGAGGGCGAACCCGGACCGCGUCGAGGUGGACCUCAGUUGACUAUAAUCUGCCUGUACUGCCCUUUGCCUUUAAUCUCAUUAUUAACAUUGCAUUGUAGAUAUAUGAUGGUUUCAUCUCAUGGUUUAUUGGUAUGUGUAAAUAGAAACAGUGAUUGUGAAUAAGGGUAGGAUUUAGGAGCUGCAGAAUUAACCUCCUUUAGAAAUUCGUUAGCUCUUUGUCUGAAACCAGUAAAUAGUUUUAAGAAUGACUCAUCAAGAUUUCUUUUUUAACUUAUUAAGAUUGGUGAAAAAAUUGCCUUUUUUAACCAUUA